UUUUUUUUUUUUUGUUUCCAGCUCUGUUUAAAGUAUUUGUUCAGUUUGUUGUAUUUAUUUGUACUUGUUAUUUGUAGAUGACAUCUGAAAAUUCUAGUAAUGCCUAUGCAUGCCUCUAGAUUUUAUUGUCUUUAAUCCUUUUGUUAUGUCUCUAAGGCUAAACAUUAUUAUGUUAGCUUUUCAUGGAUGAUAUGUUAUGUUUAGUGUUUGGUACUUUCGUUUAACCAUUGACAUGUUAUGUUUUAUGACAUUUGAAAGUUUUACAAGUGUUUAUUUGUGUUGAAAACUUGUUCUAAUAAAAUUUGCCUUGUGUAGAUUUUUUUUUUUUUUUUUUUUGCGCUUCGCGUCAAUAAAGCGCGCGCCUUGCCUUGCGCUUUGCGCUAAAGCCCCAAGGGAUCGGUGCGCCUCGGUGCGCCUUUCGCCAUUUAAAACACUGAGCCAGCUGCUGGAAAGAUAGUGAAUGCUAUUCUCAACUUAGUCUCUAUAGGCCAGCUUGUCGUAAUUGUAUCAGCUUCACUGACCCAGGUAAAUAUGAAACAAGACGAAGGUAGAGGUUAGACAAGCAUCCCAUGCCUAUUCCACCCCAAGACGGCUUGGAGGUUCCUUUCUAUCCAUUACGGAGGUUUCAUCACACAACAUGCUUAUGCAGCCCUUUGAUUGAGUGCUAUUUGUACGAAACAACCUUGAGCUGGGGUGACUAAGAAGCAGUGUCCCAUCUUGUGUCACUUCUGAAGACCCUUCGUUGGUUCCCUAUUCCUUCCUGCGAACCGAUACACAUCUUCCGACUAAGCUAGCCCUAAACCUAGCCUCUUAAAAAAAUAAAAAUAAAGAAAUGCUUCUGUACCAUUGUAUUUGUGAUUCUGUAUUAGUAUCAUAUCGUCUUUCAUCCUUUUAUAACUUCAAUAUGCCUACUAGUUCUGCACUUUUUCAUAUUCUGGUCGUAUUCAUUUCUAUUUUGGUUGCAAUUUGGUAUGUUAUUCCCAACUCCCCAGGGUCAUCUGGAUAUUGAGUUAAAUGAUGUGGGGAGAAAACAAGCAGCUGCAGUAAGUUUUAAUUCAGAGGACAUAGUCUUGUGCCUUCAUUAUUUAGAUUACUUGACAAAUUAUCAUCAUAUUUUUCUCAAGGUAGCUCAUAGACUAUCCAAGGGGCCUAAGAUCUCUGUUGUAUACUCAUCUGACUUGAAGAGAGCCUUUGAUAUUGUAGAGACAAUAGCAAGCAACUGUGGUGGUCUGCAGGUAGCUCGUAGACUAUCCAAGGGGCCUAAGAUCUCUGUUGUAUACUCAUUUGACUUGAAAAGAGCCCUUGAUACUGUAGAGACAAUAGCAAGCAGCUGUGAUGGUCUUCAGGAAGCUAUGGUGCUUCUGAGAAGAUGUGAGUUUCCUUCAAAUUGGGGAUUCCUAGAAAGAUGAGAGGAAAGACAAAUGAUGAGCCUUUUUAUUUCAGGUUGUUAAAGAUCUAGACCUACGAGAAAGACGUUUGGGAGAUCUUCAUGGUCUUGUAUAUCAUGAAGCAUCCAAAAUAUCUCCCAAGGCUUAUGUGGCUUUAUCAUCGCAUAGAGCAAAUCAACAAAUCCCAGUGAGCUCUCAUUUCUUGUUUAAAUUGAGAAACUAGAAGAAGUUAAUUGCACAUUUGUUUUACAAACUGAAAUAGAUGCAAAUUAGGUUAGGCUAUUACAACUCUGCAUAUUUCACCAGUUCUGCUUGAAGCCAUCUUUCUGGCUAAAUACAGACAAUUUAAUUUUAUGCAUUGGAUAUAGUUAGAGGGACAUUAACCCAAAAUAUUUUUAGUGACCACUAUAAUUUACCUAAUCAGCUGCUAUGGUCUGGCUGGUGACUAAGGUUCUUAAUGCCGUACUGAACAUGGCACUGUUAUGGGUACUAGUACGGUAAAAGUACAGUGUACAUUAUGAUUCUUAUAUUAAAAGUACAGUGUACAUAUAUACUUGAAAACUUAAACCUUCAUUUUGUACAAAUAUAAUAUAUUUACAUUUAAUGGUUGAUUACACACCAAUACUUUCUAGCAACUUCUCAGACUUUUCUUUGCAUUGUUACAUUGUACAAUUUUUUGUUUUCCACUUGUAGCACUUCACUAAUCGUAGGGGCAGAUGGAAACUCUUUGUACAUAAAAAACUGGAAAGAUGGACUGCUGUGUUUGGAUGAGUUUUUGAGAAAUUUUGUAGGGUUAUGAGUGGGAGAGAAAGGAGAGUAAUGAUUGGAAGUUGAGGUAAUGAUUGGAGAGAGAUAGAGAGAGAAAUGAGAAUAAUGAUUGGAGAUAGGGGUGAGUAAUGAUUGGAAGUAGGGGUAAUAAGUGUUUUUUGAGUUUGGAAUUUUUUUUUUGAAAAGCAAUCCAAACAAAGUAGGAAACUCUUUAGAACAAAUACGCACAAUAGGGUGAGAUUAAGUUGAUAGGAUCAAAUUCUUGAGCAAGUCUUGUUAUGGAUCUUACCCUUGUGGUCUUGGGAUGGGGCUAAACCAAGUUCAUCCACUUCAUUGAGAAGGCGUGCUCAUUUCCUAACACAAAUGACAGAGAAGGGGGAUUUUGGAAUUUUAUGAGCAUGUACUAGCUGAACAUAGUAGAAAUAUGACACUAGCUAAGAGCUGUUUGAACGAGCUUUUAGGGCAUCAACUGCAGCCCACAUAACCCAGUGUAAGUUCUUCUCACCGUACUGUGAAGAUGAUCAACUAAUAUAUAUAUUCACGAUUCAUCAAGAUAUUUUGGGAAUCGUUGAGCGUGAGUGUGUGUGAAUUGGAGUUUGUGAUAGCGGGUUUGUUAAUAGUUUUUUUUUGUAAGUGUGCUCCUCCUACACUUUCUAUCUGAUUGAGGGGAAGUUUAUGCCUUUGAGGUUGGUGGGUACAUUCUCUUCACAAAAGGGUUUUCAAGUUAUUUAAUUCCUUGAAUCAAUAACUCAUUGCCUAUCUUAUGAAAAUGUAUAAGUGAUGGAUACUUGGAUUGUCGGGAAAGAGAAUUUACUUCCUAUACUUGCGAAGGGAUCCCAUGUGGGGAGAUGUUCUUUAGAUAGAUGUCAAUCUCUCGGGGUACAUACUCUCUUAGGAUACUUCACAAGGGUUUUUUGAAAGUGUAUGGGUAAUUACUCCUCUUCCUUGUCUUUCUUAAUUGUAGGAUAUCCAUGCCUAAUGACCAAGCAAAUGGCUAUCAUUAAGAAGUACACAUCCAUACAAAGUAAAUUCGACUUGGGCUGACCAAAAAUAUAACACUUUUUGUAUCGUUUCAGUAUCAAAUAUUUUCCACAAAUUUAGAUCUCUUGUUUAAAGUUGUUGGACUCUUCUUCUGUUGAAGUUAAAAGGUCACACACAAGUGUUCUUUCUUUUCUCUUGAGCUUUCGUAUAUUAGUACAUAACUUGCUUCUGUUUGACUAUUACAGAUUUACUUCUUCCAUUCGACUAGUACAUAAUUUUCUUAUAUGCUUUCUUAAUCAAAUUCAGUGCGCAAGGGCCAUGGACUGCUGUGAUUGCUUAUGAUGCAUGUGUUCGGUUGUGCCUUAAUGCGUGGGCAAAGCAAUGAAUGGAAGCUCCCAUGUUCUUGGAAAACAAAUGUGCAUUAUUGCGCAACGCAUUUUGGGGAGUUAAUUUUUUCCUUUUUCUUGCUACUAGUAUGCUAUCAUUUUACAAUUUCUCCUGAUAUCUUAGAUUAUUAGUGUUUCAAGAACCCCAGACAGUAUACUAGGGAUCAUAGCAAUAACUAAAACACUUGCUCUUCAUGCAGUAGAACUAUUGUUUGAAGUAGUUUCACAAUUUUAGGAGAAGUUAUAUGGCUAAGGCAUAAUAGUGUGGUUACAUUUAAGUUAUUUUGAUUCCUUCUAUAUUUAGUUUCUUUGUAGCUUUAUGAGUGAAGUAUAUUCUUCACGAGUACUAAUCAUUUAUGCGAGCACUAUGUCCAACCUUUAUGUUCAUCUCACACGUAUUCCAGUUUUAAACUUACCAUACGGGCUAUUUGUUAGAUUAUUAUGGGUUUAUUUGUAAUUAGGUUAUUAGUUGUUCUAUUAUGUAACUAGUUCAUUCCCUAGGACCCUAUAAUUAGUCUAAACAUGUUGUAUAAAUACUUACGUUGUAUUCAAUUUAUGAUGAGAAGAAUAACCCUAAAUUUCUACGUCUCUUAAUUUCACAUGGUAUCAGAGCGGUAGAACUGAGACCUACCUGUCGUUUUUUCCCUUCCGAUCAAUCGAGACUCAGCAACUUCCGUCCACCGUCGAGUUUUUUCGGACCCAGUCGAUGAACCCAGUUGCCUUGCCCUCGUCGAUCGCUCUCUGACGCCGACGAGCCUUGUCGGCACCUCCGUGGUCUAUUCUGCCGCCGUACGACAUCACUCCAGUCGAGCCCGACGAUUUUCGACGUCGUACGACCCUUUUCGACCUUAUACGCACUAGAUCUGCCUGUUCCGACGCCGUCUCUGCAUCUCCAACCAUUUCUGAUAACACUUGACGUUCACCGGACUACCUACGACCUCCGACAGGCCUGACCCAGUUUCGUUUCGACCUCGCCUACACUUGCCGGAUCUCCGACAGACUGUUUCAGUGGUAUAACUCUUUGAUUUGGAACAGUGGUAGUGGCAGGACUUUUUAAUCUAUGUAUUCGGCACUGGUAGGAGCCUUCACAGGUGUUUUUUGGAUAUUUAUCUGGCACUUGGUAUUGUUUCAAGGUGUUUUAAAGGUGGCACUUGGAUAUGAAUAUUUUAUUUUAAGGUGUUUUUCUGCAAUUAGUAUUGUUUUGGGGCGUUUAUUGCUGAGUUGACUGAGUAUUGUGGAUUCGGAUUUGUGGUUCUACUGUUAAAAUGUCAUCAGAGGAUAAAAACAAAGCUUUCGUUAAUACAAAGGAUGAGUUGAGU